GCUUCUUGACAACCCUGGCGGGGGUGAGCUAGCGGCGGCCCCGGCUCCAGCCCCCGCGGGAGCAGCACCCCUUGGGGAAGGAGACGGUCCGCUCCCGCUACGCUGGCAGGGCCUGCUUCCCGAAGCUCCUGGCUGUGUCUCAACUGCCGGUCCCAGCACCUCCUAAAAGCCCGCUGUCCCCUCCAGCGGCCACAGUGGAAGAAUCAUGGGAGAGGCAGAAGGGAAGAAAGAUGAGGCUGAUUAUAAGCGACUGCAGACCUUCCCUCUGGUCAGGCACUCGGACAUGCCAGAGGAGAUGCGGGUGGAGACCAUGGAGCUGUGCGUCACGGCCUGUGAGAAAUUCUCCAACAACAACGAGAGUGCCGCCAAGAUGAUCAAAGAGACCAUGGACAAGAAGUUCGGCUCCUCCUGGCACGUGGUGAUUGGUGAAGGCUUCGGGUUCGAGAUCACGCAUGAGGUGAAGAACCUGCUCUACCUGUACUUCGGGGGGACCCUGGCUGUGUGUGUCUGGAAGUGCUCCUGACACUGCCCCCCGCACACCCCCCCAGGCCCCGCAAGGCCUGUCCUUGCCGCUCACCCGGCAUGGGGGCAGCCCCAGGCAGGCCCUUGUUCACGAAGGAGAGCGUGGGGUCUUUCUUUUGUCCUGUGUACCCAUGUCCUGAGCCAUGCCCAGUGUGUGAACUUAUCGACACCUCUAUCCCCAGGCUCCCAGCCACCUCACUCUGAGUCCCAGGGUGUGCAGGGGGCGGCAGGCAGUGGUCUUGGUGCAGGGGAAGGUGAGGAGAUGCGGCAGGGCAGAAGGAGGGCGGGGAGGUGGAGCUUUUCUCCCAAGGACAUGCCAGCCCCACCUCUCAGAGGCCGCUGCCCCCUCGCCCCCGGAGCCCCUGCCCUUCACCCCAGCACCGCCGGCAGGUGUCCACUGUCCUUGUCUUGACCGACCAUAUGCAAAUGGCCCCAAGAAGGAGCCUCUCCUCCCCAGGGGCGCUGACAGCUUCUCUCCUGUCCUCUGGAGAAGCAGGGCCUCCCCAGAAGCCCCUUCCCUGACCCUACCCCAGGCUGACCAACCACUGCCUCACCCUGUCGGCAGCACCACAGCCCCGACUUGGCCUGAGGGCCAGGCAGCCUGCCCCGCCC